GCCGUAUCAAAUAGCACUACAGAUUUUCACCGCACCCAAGCAUCACUCGAUUCUAAAAUGAUGCAAAAUGUCACCAUUUUGAUAGAAGGUCCCAAAAUGGUGAUAUUCUUGGAGGGCUUGCAGCCCGCUCUGGCUGUUAUCUUUGAUCUUAAUCUGUCAAAGGUGCAUGAGCGCGGCGAUGACAUCGCGCAUCGGCAUCUCCGCGGCCCGGCCAUCGCAGAUGAUUAUUAAAAGCGAAAUCUUUAAUGCUUCGCACACCGACGGGGAAUUCUCUUUUUUAAACUUUCACCUGGAGUAAGCUUCUUGCCCACAUUUCGAAUUGGCACAAUACUUAAACAAAAAUCACGAAAUGGCCUCGCACGCUUGCACGAACGAAUUCAAGCAGUUCCUCACCGACUUGCCCAAAUGUGAGCACCAUCUCCAUCUCGAAGGCACUUUGGAGCCUUCUCUUUUGUUUGCUUUGGCCAAGAGAAAUAACAUCACAUUGCCAGAAUUGUUCCCAGCUACUCCCGACGCUUGCAUCGACAGGUACGCCAAUUUCGCCGACUUGCAGGACUUCUUGGACCACUACUACAUAGGUAUGAGCGUGUUGAUCAAAGAGGAAGACUUCUACGACUUGGCCAUGGACUACUUUGCACGUGCCCACAAAGACGGAUGCUUGCACUCCGAAGUUUUCUUUGACCCCCAGGGCCAUGUCGAAAGGGGCAUCAGCAUCGACGUCGUUGUGCAAGGUUUUGACAGAGCAUGCAAGGCUGCCACCGCCAAAUACGGCACCACCAAUAAGUUGAUCAUGUGCUUAUUGAGGCACUUGCCUGCCGCGGAUGGGCUCCAGACCCUCGACUCUGCGGCACUGUACUUUGAAAAUGGAACCAUCCAUGGCAUGGGUCUUGAUUCCGCGGAGAAACCUUUUCCUCCAGAGUUGUUCACGGAAUGUUACAGCACACUCAAAUUCCGCUUUCCAAACGUUGGUUUGACUGCACAUGCCGGAGAAGAGGGCGACCACACAUACGUGUCUAACUCGUUGGACUUGCUCAAAGUGACGCGUAUUGACCAUGGCGUAAACUCGUGCCAGGACGAGGCUGUGAUGGCGCGUUUGACAGAGACCCAGACAAUGUUGUCUAUGUGCCCUUUGUCCAAUGUCAAGUUGCAGGUCGUCAAGGAUGUUUCUGAGUUGCCAAUCAAGGUGUUCUUGGACAACAACAUCUCCUUUUCGAUCAACUCCGACGACCCCGCAUACUUUGGUGGAUAUAUUUUGGACAACUACAUUGCAGUCCAUACGAGGUUCGGGUUCACCCGAGACCAGUGGUGCCAGAUUGUGGCAAACGGUAUUUCUGGCUCGUGGUGUGACGAACAAAGAAAGGCUGAGUUGAGGGCCAACCUCGAAGCUGUCAGGACCAAAUAUGCUCAUUUGAGUUAGCAUGGCCUCAGUAACGAUAAAUCUACAUUGGAGCUUUCAGUGUCUUCUUUUUACGUGAGGCAAAUAGAUUCGAUGCAUGCCUUCUUUUGUGAGUUUAAUGAACUAAUUGCAUCCCUUUUUGGGGAAAUUCAAUACUUGGGAGACAAAUGCCUCUCAUAAAAAUGUCGACCGUUGGCACGUAUUGCGAUGUGUCAUACCAUAGCCAAUUAGAAUAAGGGUUUUGUUGAUCUGGGUAUUUUGCGUGUGCCUCAGCUCAGCUACGUUUGAAAGAAUCAAUUUUCCAUCUCCAUGUCAUGGAGGCUGAUCCUUGAGCCAGGCUGAUUUCAAAUACUGCGUUUUCUUGCAAGUUACUCACAAACUUGUGGUCAAAUAUACGGCAAU